CCAAAGCAAAAGCAGGCAGAAAACGAAAAAGAAGCUGGAAAUUCUCUCAGCCGCUGAAAGGAAGAAGCGUCCACCACUCUCCGCAGUACUAGGCUAGUGCAGUGCCUGCUGCCGGCCCCACCACUCCCCCUCUCUCCACCGUCGCUGCCACUGCCACCCCCCCUGCUCCUUCAGCGCGAUGGCGACGGCGACGGGCGUGGCGGCUGCCACCUACAGGGCCCCGAUCCUGGCGCCGGCACCCGCUGCAUUCCCUUCGGACCAGGGCCUGCCAUGUCGCCGCCGCCAUGCGACCUGCGGGCGGCGGCUGCGGGCCGCGGCGGGGACUGGGAGGCCGCCUCUGUUCUCGCCCCGGGCCGUGUCCGACUCGCGGAGCUCGCAGACGUGCCUCGAUCCGGACGCCAGCACGAGUGUUCUUGGGAUCAUCCUUGGGGGUGGCGCAGGGACGAGGCUGUAUCCACUGACGAAGAAAAGGGCGAAGCCCGCGGUGCCGCUGGGUGCCAACUACAGGCUCAUAGAUAUCCCUGUCAGCAACUGCCUGAACAGCAACGUGUCCAAGAUCUAUGUCCUCACACAGUUCAACUCUGCCUCCCUCAACCGCCACCUCUCCAGGGCCUAUGGAAACAACAUUGGUGGGUACAAGAAUGAUGGCUUCGUCGAAGUUCUUGCUGCACAGCAGAGUCCAGAGAAUCCUAACUGGUUUCAGGGUACUGCAGAUGCUGUGCGGCAAUACUUGUGGCUAUUUGAGGAACACAAUGUUAUGGAGUUCCUUAUUCUGGCUGGAGAUCACCUUUACCGUAUGGACUACCAAAAGUUCAUUCAAGCACAUAGAGAAACAGAUGCUGAUAUAACUGUGGCUGCCCUGCCAAUGGAUGAACAACGUGCAACUGCAUUUGGCCUUAUGAAGAUUGAUGAUGAAGGGAGGAUAGUUGAGUUUGCAGAAAAACCAAAAGGAGAGAAGUUGAAAUCAAUGAUGGUUGACACCACCAUACUGGGCCUUGAUUCUGAGAGGGCCAAGGAAUUGCCUUAUAUUGCUAGCAUGGGAAUCUAUGUUUUCAGCAAAGAUGCGAUGCUUCAGCUUCUCCGUGAAAAAUUUCCUUCAGCAAAUGACUUUGGGAGUGAGGUUAUUCCUGGUGCAACACAAAUUGGAAUGAGGGUACAAGCGUACCUAUAUGAUGGUUACUGGGAAGAUAUUGGGACUAUUGAGGCAUUUUACAAUGCAAACUUGGGAAUAACCAAGAAGCCAGUACCAGAUUUCAGCUUCUAUGACCGUUCUGCUCCGAUUUACACACAAUCUCGAUACUUGCCUCCUUCAAAGGUUCUUGACGCUGAUGUGACAGACAGUGUUAUUGGUGAAGGUUGCGUUAUAAAACAUUGCACAAUCAACCAUUCUGUUGUUGGGCUCCGUUCCUGCAUAUCAGAGGGCGCAGUUAUUGAGGAUUCCCUCCUAAUGGGUGCAGACUAUUAUGAGACUGAAAAUGACAAGAAAGUCCUUUCUGAAGCUGGCGGCAUUCCCAUCGGUAUUGGAAAAAAUGCACACAUCAGAAAAGCAAUAAUUGACAAGAAUGCUCGUAUUGGAGAAAAUGUCAAGAUAAUCAACGUUGAUGGUGUCCAAGAAGCUUCAAGGGAGACUGAUGGCUACUUUAUCAAAAGUGGUAUUGUCACUGUGAUUAAGGAUGCCUUGAUUCCUAGUGGGACAGUCAUAUAGAGGCAAUCGUCGCUACCAUGUAUAUAAUGUUGAUUUGCAUGGUGACCUCCAAUGCAUCCAUAGUUAUCUUCCCAUGCUGCAAGUUGAUGAAGAUCUGCUCUGCAUCGACUUGUUCUCGAGGAGAUGUCAUUGGUGAAAAUAAUAGAACGGUGUCACCACUCGAGGCACCAUUUCCCCCUGUUAUAACUAGCACUAGAUGGUGUAGAGAUGCUGUUGAGUCUGAAAACUGCAUCUGGAAUGAUGUUAAGAUCAUUUUCCUUUUGAUUGGUCGUCAGGCAAGGCUUGGACAUCUAGCGCGUUGAUUUCCCAUCUCUUAUGCGUGCUCUGUUCAUUGAAAGGGGGUAA